UGUAGUUUGUUGUUUAAAAUUAAAGAGACUUGUAUUUUUCAUUGUUCUUAUCUCUAGCAUUCUGUUUGUUUCUGUAGGUGCUGCGAUGAAUGGACUAAAAAUGCGAAACUCUGGCCUGGUCUUGCUCCCCCUGCUGGUAGCCUCAGUCUAUACUGGGAACAUUCUGCUCUUUCCUGUGGAUGGCAGCCACUGGAUCAACAUGAAAAUCAUGAUUGAGGCUCUUCAUGCCAAAGGUCACAACAUUACAGUCAUGCGAGCUUCGGACAGCUGGUACAUUGAAGAAACGUCCCCGUUGUACACUUCCAUCACUUUAGGAAGCUCAGCGCUUUUUGAUCAAGAAUUCAUGCAGAAUGUUAUAAGUAGACUCUUGGAAAUUAUGAGGGAGGGUUCCAUGUGGGCUCGCCUGAAACUGGAGAAGGAGAUGUGGGACAUGUCCCUUGAAAUGAUUGUGAAAGAGAGAAGAAUGGUGAUCAGCAUGAUUGAAGACCAGGAACUAAUGCAGUCCUUGAGAGAUGCCAAAUUUGAUGUGUUUAUUACUGACCCUGUGAUAAUGAGUGGCCCCAUAUUAGGUCAUUAUCUCAACCUGCCACUUGUCUUUAAUGUUCGGUGGACAAUAAAGGGUGAGGGCCAUUUUGCAAUCGCUCCCUCACCCCUUUCUUAUGUACCAUUGCCAAUGUUAGAGCUGUCGGACCACAUGAGCUUUUUUGAGAGAGUGGUAAAUGUUGUCAUGUACAUUGUCACUGAAUUACAGAUUAAAUAUUUUAUAGCUUCAAGCUACAAUGAACUGUGUAAUAAGAUAUUUGGUCCAGGGGUAGACUACUUUGAAUUAGUCCAAGGAGCAGAUCUGUGGCUCUUCAGAGUUGAUUUUAUCUUUGAAUUUCCACGCCCUACUAUGCCAAACGUUGUCUACGUUGGUGGUUUCCACUGCAAACCAUCCAAACCUCUUCCACAGGAUCUUGAGGACUUUGUGCAGAGCUCUGGUGAUCAUGGCGUCAUUGUCAUGUCGCUGGGAACUAUGGUUGGUCAGCUUCCUCAUGAUGUAGCCAAUUCAAUAGCUGAGGCUUUUUCAGAACUUCCACAAAAAGUGAUCUGGAGAUAUAAAGGAGACAGACCAUCCACUGUGGGGAACAAUACCUUAAUAAUGGACUGGAUACCCCAAAAUGAUCUCCUUGGCCACCCUAAGACCAGGGCGUUUGUAGCUCAUGGUGGAACCAAUGGAAUUCAGGAAGCCAUCUAUCAUGGAGUUCCCAUCAUUGGUUUCGGACUCAUCUGGGAUCAGCCUGACAAUCUUUCAAAAAUGAGGGUGAAGGGAGUCGCAAAAAAUGUCAAUUUCGCAACUGUGGACAAAGACUCCUUCCUUUUAACUUUGAACGAAGUGCUCCAUGACCCUUCAUACCGGGAAAACAUGCAAAGACUCUCCAGACUCCACAGAGAUGUGCCAAUAAAACCAUUAGACAAUGCUGUCUUCUGGAUCGAGUACUCGAUGAGGCAUGGUGGUGCGCCUCAUCUACGAACACAGUCGUAUAACAUGCCCUGGUAUUCUUACCACUCUGUAGAUGUUCUACUGUUCCUGCUGUCUGUUCUUACAUUUACUGCCUUCACUACAUUUACAAUCAUUAGACAUGUCUGCUAUAGGCUGUGUAUCAAGAAAAAAACAACUUCCUAAGAAUACACAUCGGUAUAUAAAAUCACACACAGUACGCUGUCAUGAGCUCAGAGCUCGAGCGCUGUUAAACCGGAUCAAGUGGAUCGUAUUGUUAAAUUAAACCAGCGAUAAUUGUCAUAUAUUGUCAUUGUCAUUGUUUAUUUGCCUUCCUAAUACUCUGCCCAGUUAAAUAAAACAACGUUUGUUUAUUUUCUCUCA